AUGGCUGCAACAGGAGGAGCAAUGCUCCUCCUCUUCUUUAUAUCGUUGACCUCUUUCCUAUACUUCGCGAUUGUACAUGCCAACUUCUUCGAGCCUUUCAAUGUCACCUAUGACCACCGGGCUAUAAUCAUCGGCGGCAAGCGUCGGAUGCUCAUCUCCGCCGGAAUCCACUACCCUCGCGCCACUCCUCAAAUGUGGCCGGACCUGAUUGCAAAGAGCAAGGAAGGCGGGGCAGAUGUGAUCCAGACAUAUGUGUUUUGGGGCGGGCACGAGCCGGUUAAAGGACAGUAUAACUUUGAAGGGAAUUUUGAUCUCGUCAAGUUUGUGAAGCUAGUGGGAGCCAGUGGACUCUACUUUCAUCUUCGCAUUGGUCCUUAUGUUUGUGCAGAGUGGAACUUUGGGGGCUUUCCUGUGUGGCUACGUGACAUCCCAGGCAUAGCAUUUCGAACAGACAAUGCUCCUUUCAAGGAGGAAAUGCAACGGUUUGUUACUAUGAUAGUGGAUCUGAUGAGAAAGGAAAUGCUAUUCGCUUGGCAAGGUGGUCCAAUCAUCAUGUUACAGAUAGAAAAUGAAUACGGAAACAUAGAAAACUCAUUUGGUCCUGGGGGCAAGAGAUACAUGCAAUGGGCAGCUAAGAUGGCUUUGGGACUUGGUGCUGGUGUUCCAUGGGUGAUGUGCAAGCAAACUGAUGCGCCUGAAAAUAUUAUUGAUGCAUGUAAUGAUUACUACUGUGACGGUUUUAAACCCAAUUCCCCUAACAAGCCAGUUCUUUGGACAGAGAAUUGGGAUGGAUGGUACACGGAAUGGGGUGAGGGCCUUCCACAUCGGCCAGUUGAAGACCUUGCCUUUGCAGUUGCACGAUUCUUCCAACGUGGAGGGAGCUUCCAAAAUUAUUAUAUGUAUUUUGGUGGAACGAACUUUGGUCGGACAUCAGGAGGGCCGUUCUAUAUAACCAGCUAUGAUUAUGAUGCCCCAUUGGAUGAGUAUGGUCUUCUAAGAGAGCCCAAAUGGGGCCACUUGAAAGAACUUCAUGCUGCUAUAAAGCUUUGUGAACCUGCUUUAACUGCCACAGAUUCUCCUAAGUACAUAAACUGGGGCUCAUGGGCUCAAGAGGCACAUGUUUAUGAAAAUCAAAGCUGGUGUGCUGCAUUCCUUGCGAAUAUUGAUGAACACAAGACGGUAACUGUUUCGUUCCGUGGCCAGUCUUAUGCUUUACCACCAUGGUCAGUGAGUGUACUACCAGAUUGCAAGAAUGUUGUGUUCAACACCGCCAAGGUCACGGCGCAAACUUCCAUAAAAAGUGUGGAGCUUGCUUUGUCUAUGGCUCCAGGUAUCUCCAGUCCUCGGCAUUCCGUGGCUGAGGAAGGGUCACUUAUGUCAGGGUCCUGGUUAGUUGUGAAAGAGCCAAUUACUAUCUGGAGUGAGAAUAAUUUCACUACUAAAGGCAUCCUGGAGCACCUGAACGUGACAAAGGACCAAUCUGACUACCUGUGGUAUUUCACCAGACUUUUUGUUUCAGAUGAUGAUGUUGCAUUCUGGGCGGAAAACCAAGUGACUCCUGCCAUAACAAUAGAUAGUAUGCGUGAUGUUUUACGGAUAUUCAUCAACGGACAGCUUACUGGCAGUACUACUGGUAAGUGGGUUAAGGUGUCCCAGCCAGUCAAGCUUCAAAAAGGAUACAAUGAUGUAGUGCUGUUAUCUCAGACUAUGGGUUUGCAGAAUUAUGGUGCCUUCUUAGAGAGAGAUGGAGCAGGAUUUAGAGGAAAAACUAAGAUUACUGGAUUUAAAGAUGGAGAUAUAGACCUCUCAAGCUUGUUCUGGACUCACCAGGUUGGGCUCAAGGGGGAGUUCUCAAAAUUAUACUCAAAAGAGGGCAAUGAGGAAUCAGAAUGGAGCAAUUUGACGCCUGAUGCAAUCCCAUCCACUUUCACCUGGUACAAGACUUACUUUGAUGCACCAGCUGGGACUGAUCCAGUUGCACUUGAUUUGGGAAGCAUGGGAAAGGGCCAGGCAUGGGUGAACGGACACCACAUCGGAAGAUAUUGGACCAUUGUUUCUCCUAAAAACGGAUGCCAAUCCUGCAAUUACGCUGGAGCAUACAGACCAGAGAAAUGCAGAACAAACUGUGGGAAUCCCACUCAGACAUGGUACCACGUCCCACGCUCAUGGCUCCGAGAAUCAAACAGCAACUCGCUCGUACUGUUUGAGGAAACAGGAGGCAAUCCAUUUGGGGUUUCAGUGAACGUACGAUCCUCUCGAACUGUAUGUGGCAGCGUCUCGGAGUCCGACUAUCCACCUGUCGCGAAGUGGUCUUGUCCAAGCUCUGUUGAUGGACAGAUCUCAAUCACAGACGGAGCACCAGAAGUGCAUAUACGGUGCCAGGAAGGCUACACAAUCUCCUCCAUAGAAUUCGCUAGCUACGGAACUCCCAAGGGCAGCUGCCAGAGCUUUUCGCGUGGCAGCUGCCAUGCGGCUAGCUCUGCUUUAUUGGUUUCCGAGGCAUGCCGGGGGAAAAACAAGUGCCACAUUGAGGUUUCUAAUUCCGUGUUCGGGGAUCCAUGCCCUAGGGUUACCAAGACAUUGGCCGUGGAGGCAAGAUGCGAAUCAUCAUCUGCCUCUUCUUCUGUGGCUGAGUUUUGA